UUAUCAUCACUUGUAUGUGUUGAAAGAAUGCUUGAAGCAUAGAUAGAACCAUGAAGAAUAUUAAUAAUAAUGAUAAUAAUAAACAUGGUUCUAUUAUUACCCUCUUAUUAUUAGUUCUAAUUUCAAUGUUAAUCCAGCAUGUUAGAGCAAUAAAUCCUUCUUCUUCAUCAUCAGGAGAUGCUGUGUCCAAUUUCCAACCAAGCCUUGUUGUUGUGAUAGGAAUCCUUGGCCUAAUGUUUUCACUAACAUUUGUUCUUCUUGUUUUUGCCAAAUUUUGCCAAAGAGGAGCACUUGUCCCUCUUCUCCAAACAGAGAAUCAAGAAAACCAGUUGUUAUCAAGGUCUAGAAGAUUCUCAGGAAUUGAUAAGAAUGUUAUUGAGUCAUUACCCUUCUUCAAAUUCUCAUCCCUAAAAGGAUCAAAGGAAGGUUUGGAGUGUUCUGUUUGCUUAUCGAAAUUCGAAGAUGUCGAAAUCCUUAGGCUCUUGCCAAAAUGUAAGCAUGCUUUUCACAUUGAUUGCAUUGAUCACUGGCUUGAGAAACACGCAAGCUGCCCUCUUUGCAGGCACAAGGUGAAUCCGGCCGACGAGUCGAUUUUCGCCUAUUCAAACAGCUUAAGGAGGCUUGUUAUCAAUAAUUCGGCCGCGGACGAAGACUCCAACAUGGAGCUCUUCGUCCAAAGAGAGGAGGAAGAAGAAGGAGGAGAAGCAGAGCGACGCGGCUCAACAAGAUUUAGUAUUGGAAGUAUUAGUCUCCGGAGAUUAUUUUCGAAGGAUGUUAAGGAAGAAGAGUUGCCUAUACAGAACAGAACCGAUUGCGAAAACAAGGAGUACCAUAAACACAAACACCGGAUUACUGUCUCCGAUGUUGUGUUUAAGAAUCGGUGGAGCAAUGUUAGCUCUUCAGACAUAAUGUUCUUGAACUCCGAGAUGCUUAACGAGGUUUCGAGUUGCCGGUUCGACAACCAGAAUGCAAAUGAUCAAGGAAUCUUGAACCUCAAGGAAGAGAUGGAGAGGAAGAUUUCAUUUGAGAGCAAAAUUGGUGCAAUAAACAAGAUUAGUAACUCAAAUUCAGAUAAGGCUCCUUCUUCUUCUUCUUCUUCUACUUCUAUAAAGCAUUUGAUGAAUGAACAUAGUGAGAAAAGGUCAAUGUCAGAAAUCAUAGGAGUUUCAAGAUUUGGUGAAAUAGGAAUGAUGAUGAAACAACAAAACAGAGCAUUUAAUAAGGAUUCUUCUUCUUUGAAAGAAGAAAGGAUGAGGCAGCUUUGGUUUCCAAUUGCAAGAAGAACAGUUCAAUGGUUUGUGAAUAGAGAAACAAGGUCUCAUCAUAAGAAUAAUCAAAAGACAUUAGAUGUAUAGUUUUUUUAGUACAGAUUCAGAUAUAGUUUGGUUUCAUAUUUCAAUCUUUUGAUUUC